GUUAUUUGGACUUUUCUUUUUUGCUCGCUGCCCCAUUAAGGAGGUCCAGUGCCACUGGGCCCUUGGCUUCCCGCUGUGGGCGGACCUCCCCUGCCCCAGGUGCAUCCCAUCCUGAGUGCGGCUGGAAGUGGAGCCGUUCUUUCCUCCUGCCUCUGGGCUCUCGGACUUAGGUGUGAGAGUAGGAGACAAGGUGUGUGUCAGGGCCAGGAGACCUGCACUGGGCACCCUUCCUGCCGGGACCUGCCCGUCCUCACCCCCAGGGUCUUUCUUCCUGCCUGAGGGCGGGGCCUUCCCACUGCCCAUGUUGACCGACCCACCGACCAGUGAGCCUCUGUUUCUGAGUUUCCAGUGCUCCAGCUCCUCGUCGGGGGACUCGGGCUGCUCUCCAUGUGCCCUSUCUUGCCUUUCGAUGACCUUGUGUCUGUUUUAAACCCAGGGCAGGGCUCUUGGUGGGCAUGGUGGAGGGAGGGGCACGUCUGCUCCCUCUUCCUGUGGGGCAGCCCCCGGCCUUGGCACAGCAUUUCAGCAGGCAGGAGGGGCUAUGGACUGGCUCCUUUGCUGCCCUGAGGUCAAGCAGGGUGCCUGCUGCUCCCCUUGACCUGCAGCUGCGCCAGGCCACAGCUCUGUCCACUGGCCUGCGCCGACCGCUCGCCCAGCUUGGCUGGGCCCUGGGUCACAUCCCGUCUCUCCCAGCUGCCCUCCUAGCCAGGAGGCCCCAGUUCCCCGAUUGCUGAGGGCACCAGUCCUGCCAGCCACACUUCUGACCUCCCGUCUGAGACGACGCCGAGGCACGCGUGUUGACUUCCCAUCACGGAAACAUCAAGACGAGAUGCAGCCGUGUGCUGCCGAGUCCCCCGUGGGUGCGUCUGCCUGGCUUAGUUCUCUGGUGACCUCUUGAGGUGGCGAUGACACAAGACYGUGCCUCCAGACCCUGCAGAGAGCCUUGCAGCCCAGGCGUCCUCACAGCGCCUGAGUGAGACUCAGGACAUGCACAGACAGAAACAGUCUCCGCCAGUCAAGAACUCUCAAAAGCACUUUGCCAUGGAUCUAGAAGAUGAAGAGAACAUGAGUUCCAGCAGCACUGACAUCAAGGAGAACCGUAGUCUGGACAUCGUGUCCCCCAAGGACGGCAGUGCCCCUGGGCCUGGUGAGGGCCUGCAGCUCCCUGGUGGGGGCAGCAGUGGCACUGGCCGGAAGCGGCCCCUGGAGGAGGGCAGCAAUGGCCACUCCAGGUACCGCCUGAAGAAGCGGAGGAAAGCGCCAGGGCCCGUGCUGCCCAAGAAUGCACUGAUGCAGCUGAACGAGAUCAAGCCCGGCCUGCAGUACACGCUGCUCUCCCAGACGGGGCCCGUGCACGCCCCGCUCUUCGUCAUGUCCGUGGAGGUUAAUGGGCAGGUCUUCGAGGGCUCCGGCCCCACCAAGAAGAAGGCCAAGCUGCAUGCUGCAGAGAAGGCCCUGAGGUCCUUCGUCCAGUUUCCCAAUGCCUCCGAGGCCCACCUGGCCAUGGGUAGGACCCUGUCCGUGCACACAGACUUCACUUCUGACCAGGCCGACUUCCCUGACACGCUCUUCAAUGGCUUCGAGACCCCAGACCGGGUGGAGUCCUUCUGCAUGGGCUCCAACGGAGACGAGUCCCUCAGCUCCAGCGGGGACCUCAGCCUGUCGGCCUCUCCUGUGCCCGCCAGCCUUGCCCAGCCCCCCCUGCCGGGCCCACCACCCUUCCCACCGCCCAGCGGGAAGAACCCUGUGAUGAUCCUGAACGAGCUGCGUCCAGGGCUGAAGUAUGACUUCCUCUCCGAGAGUGGGGAGAGCCAUGCCAAGAGCUUCGUCAUGUCCGUGGUGGUGGACGGCCAGUUCUUCGAGGGGUCGGGCAGGAACAAGAAGCUGGCCAAGGCUCGGGCUGCACAAUCGGCCCUGGCCACCAUCUUCAACCUGCACCUGGACCAGACACCAUCACGCCAGCCCGUGCCCAGCGAGGGGCUGCAGCUGCACCUGCCACAGGUGCUGGCAGACGCCGUCUCGCGCCUGGUCCUGGGUAAGUUCAGUGACCUGACGGACAACUUCUCCUCGCCUCACGCACGCAGGAAAGUGCUGGCUGGAGUCGUCAUGACCACAGGCACAGACGUGAAGGACGCCAAGGUGAUCAGUGUGUCCACGGGGACCAAGUGCAUCAAUGGGGAGUACAUGAGCGACCGCGGCUUGGCGCUGAACGAUUGCCACGCGGAGAUCAUCGCCCGCCGCUCCCUGCUCAGGUUCCUCUACACGCAGCUGGAGCUCUACCUGAAUAGCAAAGAGGACCAGAAGAGCUCCAUCUUCCAGAAGUCRGAGCGCGGAGGGUUCCGGCUGAAGGACACCGUGCAGUUCCACCUGUACAUCAGCACCUCUCCCUGCGGGGACGCCCGGAUAUUCUCGCCCCACGAGCCGGUGCUCGAAGGUGUGAGGCUGGACCAGCAGGCAGCAGAACCCUCAGAUCGACAUCCAAACCGCAAAGCGAGGGGACAGCUGCGGACAAAAAUUGAGUCUGGCGAGGGGACGAUCCCAGUGCGGUCGAACGCCAGCAUCCAGACGUGGGAUGGGGUGCUGCAGGGGGAGAGGCUGCUGACCAUGUCCUGCAGCGACAAGAUAGCACGCUGGAACGUGGUGGGCACCCAGGGCUCCCUGCUCAGCAUCUUCGUGGAGCCCGUCUACUUCUCCAGCAUCAUCCUGGGCAGCCUGUACCACGGCGACCACCUCUCCAGGGCCAUGUACCAGCGCAUCUCCAACAUCGAGGACCUGCCGCCCCUCUACACCCUCAACAAGCCCCUGCUCAGCGGCAUUAGCAACGCAGAGGCGCGGCAGCCAGGCAAGGCGCCCAACUUCAGCGUCAACUGGACGGUCGGUGACAGCGCCCUGGAGGUCAUCAACGCCACCACGGGGAAGGACGAGCUGGGCCGCCCCUCGCGCCUGUGUAAGCACGCGUUGUACUCUCGCUGGAUGCGUGUGCACGGCAAGGUGCCUCCCCACUUGCUGCGGACCAAGAUCCUCAAGCCCACCACCUACCACGAGUCCAAGCUGGCGGCUAAGGAGUACCAGGCCGCCAAGGCCCGUCUCUUCACCGCCUUCAUCAAGGCAGGGCUGGGCGCCUGGGUGGAGAAGCCCACGGAGCAGGACCAGUUCUCCCUCACACCCUGACCCGUGGGCCCAGCUCAGGGUGCAGGGCUGUCGGCCCCACACCAUCCCCAAACCUCACGUCUGGCCUGGGGCAGGCUCACACCCUGGCGAGGGCCAGGGACACUGUGUCCUGCACCAUCUCCAAACCUCACCUCUGAACUCGGGCAGGCACACACCCUGGUGAGGCACGGGCCAGGGACACUGGCGUCACGCACCCAACCAGGGCAGGUGUGGGGCUGUGGGGUGCCGGGCAUCUCACGUCUGCACUGGGACAGGUGCACUCAUGUCCCCUCCUGAGUCAUCCGGUGACUGCUUCCAACUCCAAUCUACGUUAGAGAUCGAGUUCUACUGAGUAGGGCUUCCUGAGUGUAGGAACGGAGACACGGCGCGUGUGAGAUCCUCGAAUAAAUAAUUUAUUCAGA